CCUUCUGGAUUAUCUCAGCUCUUGUGAUUGGGAUGAGGAGUAAAAUCUUUAUUCUCUCCGUUAGGGAUCUGCUUUUAGAGAAAAUAGUGAAUGGCGAAUGUUAAUCCGGCAGAAUAAAAAUCCCCCGCAUGCGUUUUUAUCCCAAAAUGAUUAGAGAAACGGUGCGUGAUUAAGACCCGACUUUAAACUGCACUUUAAUGCUGAUCUGCUCAUGGCUGCUCGGAUGGAAAAAGGACUUUGGCUGCUUUUUCUCACCACGGCGCUGUGCGCUGAGGUGGAGGAGCGAUUAAUUAAUUACCUCCUGUCUCCUGAGCGCUACAACAAGCUCAUACGACCAGCAGUUAACAAGAGCCAGCAGGUGACCAUCGCCAUCCAGGUGUCUCUAGCUCAGCUCAUCAGUGUGAAUGAAAGGGAACAGAUUAUGACCACCAACUGCUGGCUCACUCAGGUGUGGAACGAUUACAGAUUAAUGUGGAAUCCAGACGAGUACGAAGGGGUCAUGAAAGUUCGUCUUCCUUCGCAGCACAUUUGGCUGCCAGACAUCGUUCUCUACAAUAAUGCAGACGGGACUUACGAGGUGUCCUUCUACUCCAAUGCUGUCAUUUCCAGUAACGGUGAGGUUGCUUGGUUGCCUCCAGCCAUCUAUAAAAGCGCAUGUAGGAUCGAGGUGCGAAAUUUUCCGUUCGACCAGCAGAACUGCACGCUGAAGUUCCGCUCUUGGACUUACGACCACACAGAGAUCGACCUGGUCCUGCUGUCUGACUUCGCAAGCCGUGACGACUUCAAACCCAGCGGCGAGUGGGACAUCGUGUCACUUCCCGGUCGCAAGAACGAAGACCCAGACGACAUCACUUACCUGGAUAUCACUUACGACUUCAUCAUCAAACGCAAGCCACUGUUCUACACCAUCAACUUGAUUGUUCCUUGUGUUCUUAUCACAUCUUUGGCCAUCUUGGUUUUCUACUUGCCUUCAGACUGUGGUGAGAAGAUAACUUUGUGUAUCUCGGUUCUCCUGGCCCUGACCGUUUUCCUGCUUCUCAUCUCCAAGAUCGUGCCUCCAACCUCGCUGGCUGUGCCACUCAUAGGCAAGUACCUGAUGUUCGCCAUGGUGCUGGUGACCUUCUCCAUUGUUACCAGCGUGUGCGUACUAAACAUUCAUCACCGUUCUCCAAGCACACACACCAUGCCACCGUGGGUCAAGAGCUUCUUUUUGCGUCGCCUUCCAGCGCUGUUGUUCAUGCAAAGGCCUGGAUCGUCAAACAUCCCUGAGAAUUUCCAGCACAAGCACCAACAUCACUCGUGCUCAGAGAACGUUCAUAAAAGAGAGCAGGACGGUCUGGUGGAUUCAACAGUCUUUGCGAACAUUGACUCCAAAAUCAUGAGCUGUAGGAACAGAGAAAUGCAGGACAGCACAGAGGUUCGGAAACGGGUGGCAGUGAAGCAGUCGGCAGAUAUGGAAGAGGCCAUGGAAGGCGUGAGAUACGUCGCUGAUAAGAUAAAGAGCAAGGAUGAUGAUGAAGCGGUCAUUGAGGAUUGGAAGUAUGUGGCGAUGGUAAUCGACCGGCUCUUCCUCUGUAUCUUUGUGUUGGUUUGCGUUUCUGGAACUGUUGGCCUCUUCAUGCAGCCUCUAGUCAAGAGCUACAAUAUUCCCAUGGCUGACAACACAGAGUGACACACACACACACACACACACACACACACAUGCGAGAACCAGCCCAAGCUCACUCCCAAUUUAGAAACUGUGAAUGUGAGCUAAAGUAUUCCUCUCUCUUUACCCCGUGCCCUGAUGUUCACUACCUAGCACUGGACCCAGGUCAUGUGAUCCUACUGACCUCAACCAUUUGUUAAGCAACGAUAGCAAUACAGAUUCAGAGAACCUUACCUCGAUAUCUUAAUCCUUAUGCGGUUUCUAUGGUAACAAAAGUACCGACUCUAA